AUGCCCGAACCAGCGAAGUCCGCGCCCAAGAAGGGCUCCAAGAAAACCGUCACCAAGACCGCCGGCAAAGGAGGCAAGAAGCGCAGAAAGGCCAGGAAGGAGAGCUACGCUAUCUACGUGUACAAGGUCCUGAAACAGGUCCACCCUGAUACCGGGAUCUCCUCCAAGGCUAUGGGCAUCAUGAACUCCUUCGUCAACGACAUUUUCGAGCGUAUCGCUGGUGAGUCCUCUCGUCUGGCUCACUACAACAAGCGCUCCACCAUUACCUCCAGGGAGAUCCAGACCGCCGUGCGCCUGCUGCUUCCCGGUGAGCUGGCCAAGCACGCCGUGUCCGAGGGUACCAAGGCCGUCACCAAGUACACCAGCUCCAAGUAAAGCGCCUUAGUCGCUCUGGCAAACCAACGGCUCUUCUAAGAGCCACCCAUCUUAUCAACUGCACCUAGACCUGUUGGAGCAGUACAGCCAGAACUUGGCCCUAGCAGUACAUCUGAAGAAAACAAACCUAGAUGUCAGGAACACAUGGCACCAGUUUACCAUGGUCAGCACUGCUCUGGAGCACACAAUAGCUACUCAAAUCUGAAUCUACAUACUACACAAACAACAGCGGUCAGAAACUGAGCAUCAUGUUAGGAGAGGAGAAGGAGAGGAGAAGGAGAGGAGAAGGAGAGCAGCACUGAAACAGCACAGUAUGUAUCUGCCUCCAACAGUCUGAGAGACACGGACUGAUACACCCGAACAGAGGAACAGUCUGAAUUAACCCACAAAGAGAAAAUGUUCCAUAUAUACAUGUUUUAUUUUGUAUAUUCAUAGUUUUUUUAAUGCUUUGGCAAUACUUUUAGUACUACAACAGUCACGCUAAUAAAGCUCUUUGAUUAAAAUAGAAAGAGAAAAAACAGAU